GCAGGUCAGCGUCAGUGAGCUGCCCGCGUCGAUCACAGGGGAGGGACGAGCCAGUACAGAGGUGUUUUUAGGGGCAUCUGAAAAAGAGAGAGAAAGAACGAGAGAGGUCAAAUAGUACAGAAGGUAUUUAAGAAGCUGCCUGUGUUUUCAAAGACACAAUUGUUGAGAGCUGAUUGCCAUCAGAGAGAUGAACAAAAGCACAGCAUAGGACGCUGAGCCGAAGAAAGCAGAAGUUGAUGAAGGGUAGAAGUGAUUCUGGUUGGCAUACGCCUGUCUCCGUCUCUCUGAGGAUCUGAACUCUGGUUCUGUCUCCAGUGAAACCCAACUCCACCUUCAGGAAACAAACAUGUCUCAAUCCGCACCUAAGCGUCACAUAAACAAUAACCAUAAUGUAGAUGAAAAUUAAGACGAUCAGUGAUGCUGUAUGGAGUCUGUUUGUAGUCCUUCGAAUGGGCGCGUGUAAGAGAAGAGAGGAAUCCUGGGUGUUUGCUCCAGACUUGAAACACUUUGCAGAUAUUUUUAAACAGGCUGAGGCGACCUCUUCUGGUUUCUUCAUUUCCGACAUGUUACUUCAUGUUCUUCUGUUGCUUCUGCCUGUAUCUGCUGCCUCUCCCAUCCAGUGUUAUGAUGAUCAGGGGAAACCUGUUGACUGGUUUUACCUUUACAAACUGCCGCACCUUCAUCAUGAGCCUGCACAGGAGGGGCUGAAGUAUUUGUACAUGGAUGCAGGGAGUGAAGGAUGGGCUGAUGGGAAGACUUCAAUUAAUGACAGUCAAAGCUGUGUUGGCAGGACAGUCGGGCCUUUAUACGAGGGUGGAGAUGUUGGGUACAUCUUGUAUAAUGACCAGCCUCCAAAACAGAAGGAUUUAGGAGAUGCAAGCAGGACCUGUGGCCAUACCAAAGGUGUUGUUGUCUUUGAUAAACAACAGGGCUUCUGGUUGGUCCACAGCACGCCUCAUUUCCCUCCUCCCAAAGCAGAGGGGCAGUUUUCGUACCCCAGCACUGGCAAAGCUAAUGGACAGAACUUUAUCUGUGUCACUUAUCCCUUUGAGCGCUUUCAGACCAUCGGUGAGCAAUUAAAAAUCAAUCAGCCUCACAUCUACGACUGCAGUAUUCCUGAAUCUCUGGCUGCCGCUGUACCUGCCAUGGCACAGCUCUGUAAACAUAAUGUGGAUAAAUGGGAAAACGUUUCCGCCUCUCCAGCCAAUCGCAGCGUCUCGCUUCUCUCAUUGGCUGGAACGGAGUUCAUUAGCUUUGCAAAAGGUGCAUCUUUCGCCAAUGACCUGUAUCACUCCUGGGUGGCACCCGCUUUGCAGUCCAACCUGCUGGUGCAGUUCUGGCGUCGCUCGACGGGCAUCCUGCCCUCUGACUGCUCCCCUAGCUGGGAAGUCCUGAACGUAGAUCUCAUUUCCCUGGGCCAGGGUGUGACAUUCAAGACCACAGAGGACCACUCCAAGUGGGCCAUCAGUCCCAAUGGUGGAACGUCUGGCGGCUGGGUGUGCGUAGGAGACAUCAACCGUGAUGAGGCGGAGGAGAAAAGGGGCGGAGGUACGGUGUGUCGCCGAGAUGCUGUGGUGUGGAAGGCCUAUCGCACCGCCGCCCUACAGUGCGAAGCCUGCAGUGGUACAGUGCAGGCUUGCGAUGAAGCUUCACGAUGAUGAACAUGAACUCAUGAGAAAGAGCAUAAACGGGAUAAUACAGAAUGAUUGCUCAGGUAUGAUUUUGAUUUGAUAAGCCGAAAUGUUUUUUUUAUUACUUAACGUUUGCAAUUUUAUUAGAAUGUGAUGUUGAAAACCUUGAAAUGCAAAUGCAAAAUGAGUGUAAAGUUAUGCUUACAGCUUUAAAUCAUUUUAUAAGUAGCAUAUCAUAGUCUUAGGUCAUUGAUAGUGUUUGUUUCGCCAUGAUCCAAUUUUUAUUUUUUUAAUUAAGAAGAUAAAGAAAAAACAUGAAUGUGCAUCAUUAAUAACAUCUAAACGUACUGUGUAAAAUAAUGACAUUCAAUAUCAGAUUAAUAUCAGAAUAAUGUUUUCAAAUAACUUUUUUCAUAUUUUGAACAAACACGCCCUGCCUCAAGCUCACACUAUUGGUUGAGCCAAUUCCUAGUUUGGUGGCAGUUGUUGUGCAAAGUGGCACACUUGAACUUUAUCUGUAAGAAACCAGUGGUGCAUUAUGGGAAUUAAAUUGAAACUUCUCUAGUACAAAUAAUGUUUU